AUAUAAAUAGGAUUAUUGUAGUAUUCACAAAACAGUUGUUCGUGGGUGUUAAAAAUGCGUGUUAUUGGUCUGUUGGCUCUCUUCUUUGCCGUUGUGGCAGCCGUCCCCAGAACCGGGCAAAGGAUUGUAGGGGGAUCCACGACUAAUAUCUCGCAGUACCCCACAAUCGCGGGUCUCCUGUUCUCGUUUAGCACAAACUACCGUCAGUCAUGCGGCAGUGUGAUCCUUAAUAACAGACAUGUUAUGACAGCUGCUCAUUGUACCAUAAACCAUCCGAACUCCAGAUUCCGUGUUCGUGUUGGCUCCACUUUCGCCAACAGCGGUGGCGUUAUUCACAACGUAGCUGUCAUUUUCAACCAUCCCAACUACAACUCCGUUACUUUGGACAAUGACAUUGCGACUAUGCGUACCAGUAGCCAAAUUAUGUUUAACAACAACGUCCGCGCUGCUUCUAUCGCUGGCCCUAACUAUAACAUUGCUGACAACCAGGUCGUCUGGGCUGCUGGAUGGGGAACAACUUCUUACGGUGGUCAGCUUUCAGAGACACUUCGCCACGUGCAGAUGUGGUCUGUCAACCACAACCUGUGUACAAACCGCUACAGAGAAGUCGGCUGGGCUCUAACUAGCAGAAUGUUGUGCUCCGGCUGGCUCGACGUCGGCGGUCGCGACCAGUGCCAGGGAGACUCCGGCGGACCUCUCUACCACAACAAUGUUGUUGUUGGUAUCUGUUCCUUUGGCGAAGAAUGCGGUCUUUCUCGUUAUCCAGGAGUCAACACGCGUAUUUCUAGUUUUACAUCAUGGAUCCAGAACAAUACAUAAGAUGUUACAGUACUGAACAAUUGCUAUAAAUAAUUUUCUCAUUAAA